CGAAGUGUCAAGCGAGGUAUAAGAAUAAACAACCGGAAACGAUCCAUCCUUUCCUAGGUCGAGUUUUACGCGGAUCGCCGCCCGCAACGAAGGAAAAGUCCUGAGUGGGCAGGCAAAACUCUCUGGGAGUGGUGACAGGAGUGUAGAGGUGCUCAGAGGAGCAAGGCGCGAUGCAGAUCUUCGUGAAAACCCUCACGGGUAAGACUAUUACCCUUGAGGUAGAGGCAUCGGAUACCAUCGACAAUGUGAAGACGAAGAUUCAAGAUAAGGAGGGRAUCCCUCCUGAUCAGCAGAGGUUGAUUUUUGCGGGGAAGCAGCUUGAGGAUGGACGCACUCUUGCGGACUACAACAUCCAGAAGGAGUCGACUCUGCAUCUUGUGUUAAGGCUUCGCGGCGGAGCGAAGAAAAGAAAGAAGAAGACCUACACGAAGCCGAAGAAGAUCAAGCACAAGAAGAAGAAGGUCAAGCUUCCCACCCUUCAGUUCUAUAAGAUUGAUGACACAGGGAAGGUCACUCGUCUUCGGAAGCAGUGUCUGAAUCCGGAAUGCGGGCCGGGAACUUUCAUGGCCAACCAUUUUGAUCGACACUACUGCGGGAAGUGCGGUCUCACGUACGUGUACCAGAAGGCCUCUCAGGACUAAGGUUGGGGGCGCGUCUUUUGCUACGUUUGCGAGGCUGGCAGCACAUCUUUUGUGGUCUAUGUGAGGAGAAAAAUGGACGUAGCGAGGAGGCAGGGGCAACUAUCUAUCUAUAGUCGAAUUGUCAGUUGAAGUGGCGAGGAGAUUGCUUUCUGGGGGUGCGUACCACGAGGAGAUUGCUUUUUGGGGACGCUGUCCGAUGAGCGUUACUUAAGCGAAUCGGUCUUAGGGUUUCGAGUUUUCGACUAAGUAUCCAACUGGAAAGUGAAUCUGGAGAACUUGGAUCCCAUGCCUGUGGCGUGGAUGUCCUGUUAUGUUGACCUGGCUCUCGAGUUUUGAAUCGUUCUGAGACUUACCGAGUCGUUAUACACGCCAUAUUUGCUGAUCAAUUCGAGUCUUUUGGAAGUUUGUCUGUUUCCCUCUUUCUUUACGCUCUCUCGUCACGUUUCACAUCUUCCACACGCCCUUCCCUCUGCCUACAAUCUUGCAUUCUCGUGAUGUCUGCUCAUGGUCCAGGUGAAAAACUCGUGUGCUGCUGAAGUGUACUAACUGUAGAAAUGGACUGUGAAGAAACGGAUCAUGGUCUUCUCUUUUGCCUUUCUCAUUCUCGCUGCGUCAUCGCUCUUUCUCACUUUUUUUUUCUCUCCUGUCUCAGUUUUCUUACUUCGAUGUCUUUCAAUUCUUUCCUACACCCCUUUCCCUCUUGGAUACGUUGCCAGUCUCCCUUGCGACUGGUCCUCCUUAUCCUUCUCGCGUCUUCCCUAUCCGUCUUUCGUUGCUUGCGCGUCUUCCCUUCCCAGUCGUGUCUCCUCCUUUUUACCUUACUGGUUCCUUCUAUUUCGCUCGUUACAACAGUGACUUUCUAAAUCUGUACCUGUUUUCCAUGUCCCACUGGUCGUCUCUCUCUCUUUUUCCUCACUGAUGUUACUCUGACACCCCGCUCCAUUGUCUCUCUAAUCUUCGCUCUCCAUCCAGCCUUUCGUUGCCUAUGCCUCGCGUCCGUCUCAAACAUCUUCCUUCGCUUAUGCACAACUCCGCCUCAGUAUCUCGGUCGUCGUGAUUUCUUAUUCCACUCGUCUACAUGCCUUUUCUCUCCUCCUAUUUACCUGUUUCUCUCACCAAUAGAUCACCUAACCUUUUCCCAUUCCGUCGUUCCCUAGCUUGCUUCCCCAACCUCUUCCCUCGUCUACUCAUCUAUCGGUCUCCUCGUCAUUUUAAUUCUUCCUUGCACUACCAUGUCUUCGCCUUGAUUCGUCUUCCUUCUCCCUCUGUCUUCGCUCUCCAACAACUCUCUCGUCUUACAAGCUCGGUCGUCUUCCCUUUCGCCCUCUGCUCUCUCUCGCCGCACCCCUCGCUCGUCUUGCGUCUGGCCCUCUACUGUCUCUUUUGUCUUGCCCCUCGCUCGUCUGCCCUCCCGGUCCUUUACCCAUUCUGUCUUCCCCUCUCCCUGUCUUCUUGUUUCCGUCCUCUUCCCUUAAACUCCCUCUCGUCUUGCCCUACGCUCCAUCUCUUCUCUUCCGCUCCCUUUAGUCCUUCCCUCCACUUCGUUGUCUUUUCCGUCUCGAUUUUCCCUCUCCCUUGUUUUCUCCGCUCCUGCGCGUGGCCACCCUCCUGUUCUUUUUUUUUUGGUCUUCUCUUGUACUCCACUUUUUCCUCUUCCUCUCGUGCCCUCUGGCAUAAUUGCCUUCCCUUUCCAUUUCUCUUCAUGUCUUCGCUCGUUUGUUGUCUUUCCGCUUCUUGUUCUCACUCGGCUUCUCUUCCGUACGCUCUUGUUUCUCCUCUUACGUUUUCUCAAACGUUUCAAGUCUGCUUUUGUUUGUUAUUUCAAAAUUCUUGUCUCGGCAGGCUUUUCUCCUCCCACUGACGUUUAUGUAAUGGGGAGAACUGACGAGUCCGAACACUCUUAGCUCUCGCUUAAUAUGUUCGUGUGUUCUCCUCCGCUUUGCUCUUUUUUUUUAUCGUUUUCCACUUUCUUUGCCGCUUUGUGAAUUUCUGCG